UAGGAAAUUCUGAUCAAAACCUUAAAAAAGUCACUCUAAGACAAUUUUUUUUACUUUGGUUCAUAUUUUUAUUUUUCCUGUUUCUCUUAUCAAGACGAACCAAUAAACCAAAAAAAUGACAGACAAAAUAAAAUCCUGAAGGAUUAUUAAGCAAAACACCCCUUAGCUCAUUACACAUCUACAUCAAGAAGGUGAAAUCGUAAAAGAAAAGCUAUGGUGAUGAUCCUAGAAGAUGGGUUUGCUGACUUCUGGUGUAUAACAUGCCUGUGGAGUUUGAAAACAUUUAAUUAUUGUUGUGUAUCUUUCUCCUUUUGGAUUUGGUUCUUGACUUGGACAGAGGGAACUUACUUGGAAGAAUGUACUUCGAAGGUUAAGGACGUCCCCACAUGAGCUACUUGUCUGGUUGAUUAUAUGGGCAUAAUCUGAGUCUGAAAAUCUAGUUGCUAACACCGAUAAUCCAAGGAUGACGAAUUUCGCUCAUUCUGUUUUCUUCUUGAUUUUUUCAUUUUCGGUAUUCGCCAAUUCCUUAACAGAUACAAUCUUACAAGGACAGUUAGUCAGAGCCUCAACCACCAUCACAUCUUCUGGUGAUGAAUUUGAGUUGGGAUUCUUUAUUCGGAGUGAGUACUCCACGAUAAACAGUUAUCUGGGUGUUUGGUACAAAAGAGUUUCGGUACAAACUGUUGUUUGGGUAGCCAACAGGGAUUACCCUUUUGCCGGUUCCUCUGCGGUUCUCACCAUAGCCGUGGAUGGAAACCUGGUGAUAAAGCAGGGAAGAAUUACUUACAUGCUGUCAAACAUAUCAUCAAGUGGAAACACUAGUGCCACCCUUAUGGAUUCAGGAAAUCUGGUUUUGGUUGACACAAGAUCUGGUGAUUUACUAUGGCAGAGCUUUGACUACCCUUCAGAUACUCUCUUGCCCGGAAUGAAGCUUGGUCAUGAUAAGAGAAAUGGAAAAACUUGGUCUUUGUUGGCCUGGAAAAGCAAGGAAGACCCCGGCCCUGGAGGGUUCUCUAUUGCACUCGAUCCUCAAGGGACAAACCAGUUUUUCAUCCUAAAAGGGUUUCAAAAGUAUUGGACUGGUGGCACGUGGAAAGGACAAAUUUUUGCUUUGAUUCCUGAAAUGGGUGAGAACUUUGUGUUCAAGUGCACCUAUAUUUCCAAUGAAAAUGAGAGUUAUUUCACUUACUCUAUGAGGAAUCCUUCCGUGACUGGUAGAUUGGUUAUGGAUAUAUCAGGGCAAAUUCAGGCGCUAAUAUGGGUUGAAACGAUAGGUGAAUGGAACUUGUUUUGGGAUCAACCGAGGGAGCAGUGUGAUGUUUACGCCUACUGCGGGGCUUUUGGAUCCUGCUAUCAAAACCCUAUUCCGUUUUGCCAGUGUUUUCGCGGUUUUCAACCGAAAUCUAUAGGAAAUUGGAAUGCUGGCAACACGUCUGGAGGGUGUGUGAGGAAAACUCCUUUGCAGUGUGGCAAUGAUAGUGAAGUUAAUGGACAGAAAGACCAGUUCCUUUGGAUAUCAAAAGUAGGAUUGCCUGACAAUCCAAUAGUACUUUCCCAAGUUAGAAGUGUUGGAGACUGUGAAUCGGCUUGCUUUACUAACUGCCCAUGCUCUGCUUAUAAUUAUGACGGCAAUGAUGGGUGUUCCAUAUGGCACGAGGAGCUCUUGAAUGUGGAGCAGCUGAUAGACGAUGACCCUGAAGGAAGAGAUUUUUAUCUAAGACUGGCUGCUUCUGAGUUUCUUCGCGAGGGAAAGGAUCCAAGAAUCAAGAGGCGGAAAUGGAUUAUUCUAGCCCUUGCAGUUCCCACCACGCUGCUGGUUACAGUUGGCUUCUUUUAUUGCUUGUGGAGGCAGAAGUCACGAAACAAAGGGGAGGAUUUGGUGUUAUUUGAUCUUGGCACAAGCAUUGGAGCUGCAAAUUGUAACAUAAAUGAAUCUGGCAAGAGUCAUACCGGUAAAAAGAAAGAAGUUGACUUGCCAUUUUUCAGUUUCGCUAGUGUAUCUGCUGCCACUGAUAACUUCUCUAAUGCAAAUAAGCUUGGAAAGGGUGGUUUUGGACCAGUAUACAAGGUAAGAUUCAAGGGCUAUGAGGUGGCUGUGAAAAGGCUGUCAAGAAAGUCUGGACAAGGAUUGGAUGAAUUACAAAAUGAGGCAAUGCUCAUAGCAAAACUUCAACACAAUAAUCUUGUGAGACUAUUGGGCUGCUGCAUUGAGAAAGAUGAAAAGAUUUUGAUCUAUGAAUACAUGCCCAAUAAAAGCUUGGAUUUCUUCCUUUUUGAUCCAAUGAAAUACGGAAUACUUAGCUGGGAGUUACGUGUUAACAUCAUCGAAGGAAUUGCUCAAGGGCUUCUCUAUCUUCAUCAGUAUUCCAGGUUACGAAUUAUCCACAGAGAUUUGAAACCUAGCAAUAUUCUCUUGGAUGAAGAUAUGAACCCCAAAAUAUCUGAUUUUGGGAUGGCAAGAAUUUUCGGAGGAAAUGGAUCACAAGCGACAAAUCGAAUUGUCGGCACUUACGGCUACAUGUCACCAAAAUACGCCUUGGAUGGUCUCUUCUCAAUCAAAUCAGAUGUCUUUAGCUUUGGAGUUUUGUUGCUAGAGAUUUUGAGUGGCAAAAGAAGUACAAGAUUUUAUAGUAGUAACUCCGUUAAUCUUCUUGGAUAUGCAUGGGACUUGUGGAAGAGCGGUAGGGGAGAGGGCAUAAAGGAUCCAAUAUUACAAGAUAUACCUUCUACAAAUACGCUGCUGAGAUAUGUAAAUAUAGCGCUGCUUUGCGUCCAAGAAAGUGCUGCUGAUAGGCCUACCAUGUCGAAUGUUGUAUCAAUGCUUAGCAAUGAACUUGUGCUUCCGGCCUCUCCCAAGCAACCUGCCUUUUCAAAUGGUAGAAGUGUGCCAGAUCAAAAUUCAGCCAAACAAUUAAAAAUUUGUUCAAUAACCGAUGAAACAGUCUCAAUUUUGGAAGGUCGAUAGCACGUCGCACUUCCAUCUGACAUUCAUGAUAUCUUCAUGGUUUGUUCCAAGGAGAUAUUCAUGUUUCUAUUCUUAAGUAGAAUGGAAGCUGGAAAACUAGUUGAACUAGAUUUUAACGGUGUUGAGAAAACCAUAUCGAAAGUAGAGGAGUCCAAAUGUAUUGUUGAGAAUGUUUUCACGUGUAAUAUCUGCUCUUAUAUCCUGAAAAUUAAAACCGGUUGUUCAUCGGGUACAGCAUGUUGCCAAUGAAAGAAGGCAGGUACUAUUUUCUGUAAUGUUUCUUUCUAUGUAAUG